AUGGACGACAGUCAGACGGGAUUUUCUGACCCAAACGAUGUACAGUGUCUAUCAUUUCUGAAAGUCAUCCAGAUUCUUCAGGCCCUGACCAUGUCCGAAUCUGGGGUAGACCUGAAAGAAGCAGGACUUUUCUUUAGCGACAGGAGACUCAACUGGAGACACCGACAAGCUCGAGGACUCCUUCUGAUCCAGGGUUAUAUCCAUGUGUCCACCUUCAGCAGACUGGCCGUGGGCGUGGUCACUGCUAAACCCCGCGGUAGCUCAGUAAACGCGUCAGCUCAAGCAGCCAUCUUGCUCCGCCCCCCGGAAACGUUCGGAAACGUCACCGAAGGAGAUUCAGAAUUUACUUUUUUUUUACUGAAGGCUGUUUAUCCUAGUUUAGCGGUUUAUCGAGUUAACCGUGCUACGAUGCUGCAUUUAAUAAGUUUAGCUGGUACAGGAAUUUAUUAUCUUAUAAAGAAGCGAAGAGAUGGAGAGAAAACAGCGGAGCAGACGGACACACCGGCCACCGAGGACCCAGUACAGACGGGCUCUCUGCUGGAUCCAGGCUUGAAGUGUGAUGAUGAAACACAGACUGACAGCGCUGUUCCUCAGGGGUCUGUGAGCGAGGCUGAGGAGAAGAGUCAGAAGGGGGAGGUGUCCAGUUCUCUGCUGGACAGUGAGAGGUCCAUCCUGGAGGAGCGAGUGAGGGAGCUGGAGGAACUGCUGUGUGAGGCAGAGCGAGAGCGUGAGAGAAAACACAAGGUCACUCCGGCUGAAUGUGAGGAGAAACACAAGCAGGCGACAGAGUCUGCUGAACAGAUGCAGAAGCAGGAUGCUGACCUGAAGUCCCAGGUGGACACACUGAAGGACACAGUGCAGGAGUUGGGCCUCCUGCUCACUGAAAAACACACAGAGUGCGCUGACACAACAAGGUUGUACGAGACAGAGCUAAACCUUCGCACGCGUGUGCAGUCCGAGUGCAAACAGAAGGAGGAGAUGUUUAAUCAGGAAACCAGAUCUCUGAGGGUUGCUCUGAAUGAAGCCGAGAGGAAAUACGAGCAGGUGAUGGAGUCCAAUGCUCAGCUGGAGAUCAAGAACUCCAGGCUGUGGUCUGAUGUGAGGUUAAUGCAAGAUGCCAUGCUGGAUGAAGAGCGCUCUCUGACCCGGAUACACUGUAAUGACAUGAAGACGGAGUGUGAGUUAAAGAAACGUGAGUUGAACAGCUUGCAGUCCAAGCAGAAUGAGAUGGAGGAAACGUCACUGAAGGAGUGUGAGAGAGAGAAGGAGGCUCACAGUGUCCUGAAGUGUGAUCAGAUGACUUCAACACAUCAUGAGGAGUUACUACAGGAGUGUGAGAGAGACGAGAAGCAUCACAGUGUCCUGAAGUGUGAUCAGAUGACUUCAACACAGGACAUGGAGUUACUACAGGUAAGUUUUAUCUUCUCAUGUUGCCAUGACUACUAG